CUGCGCACUCGAACGUUGAGCCAGCUGGAUCAAGAUUCAUGACCAGUGCGCCAGAGGCGCCACGAGAGAGCGCUGUCCGAUGCAGCGCUGCAGCUGCCGGAGCCCGGAGCCCCCCCUCAGAUCAAGAUGGUUGGCGGGCACAGGUGUAGUACAGGACAACCUGUUGACCGCACACUGCGCCCCCAACACGCACCACCGUCCAUCACGAGCUCCCAUGUCCGAGCUCUCCUCUUAUAAGCCGGCGCAUGAUUGCAUCGCCCCCGCCUACAAAGUCCAAUCAAAUCGAGAACGAGCGCCAUCUCCUGUCUCCUCUGAUCUUGCUGUAGCCGUCUCUACCUUUCUGCAAUGGCGACUCAUCUGCUGCUCUCCGUGUCUCUCCUCCUGAGCUCACUCUCCGGGGCCGUGUCUACGACGUUCACGCUGACCAACUCCUGCGGCUACACGGUGUGGCCGGGGCUGCUGUCAAGCGCGGGCUCGCCGCCGCUCUCCACCACGGGCUUCGCGCUGGCGCCGGGGGAGUCGCGCUCCGUGGACGCGCCCGCGGCGUGGUCGGGCCGCAUCUGGGGCCGCACGCUCUGCGCCGCGGACCCGGGCUCCGGCCGCUUCGCCUGCGCCACGGGCGAGUGCGGGUCCGGGGCGGUGGAGUGCGCGGGCGGCGGCGCCGCGCCGCCCACGACGCUCGCGGAGUUCACGCUGGACGGCGCCGGCGGGAACGACUUCUACGACGUGAGCCUCGUGGACGGGUCCAACCUGCCGGUGGUGGUGGUUCCGCAGGGCGGCGCCGGCGCGACGUGCGGCGCGACGGGGUGCCUGGUGGACCUGAACGGGCCGUGCCCGGCCGACCUGAAGGUGGUGGGCGCCGGCGGCGCCGGCAUCGCGUGCAAGAGCGCGUGCGAGGCGUACGGGCGGCCUCAGGACUGCUGCAGCGGCGACUACGGCACCCCCGCGACGUGCCAGCCGUCGGCCAGCUCGCAGUUCUUCAAGAACGCGUGCCCGCGCGCCUACAGCUACGCCUACGACGACGCUACCUCCACCUUUACCUGCACGUCCGGCACCGCCAGCUACCUCAUCACGUUCUGCCCUAGCAUCUCCAGCCUCAAGUCGUCCGUGAGCAGCAGCAACGGCGCCAGCAGCAUGAACCCGCCGUCCGGCCCGGGCCUGCCCCUGAUCAACGACACGGUCUCCUUCGCCGGCCGGGGCGACGGCGGCUCCUCGUCCUCGUACCCCUACGCGUCCGCGUCGGCGCCGGCCCCGUGCCCCCUCGCGCUCGCGGCCGCCGCCGCGCUCACGUGGCUCGUCUCCGCCCCACGCCACCGGCUGCGGUUGUAGAGCACCCGAGCCAGCGCGCCCCACGCGCCACGCCACCGUGGGCGCUGACUCGCUGCCGACCCCCGCGUCCGCGUGCGCGCGCCGCCCGUUCCUCUCUCCCAGCCAGGGAGGCAGGCACGGCAGGGGGCCUCGUGGAGCCGCGUGGCCGCCCAUGCGCCGGCCAUGUGCGGGGCGCUUUGACCUCGGGCAGUAGCGGCUAAUUGUAUAGAUUAAAAUUAUUGUGGAUCGGGGAGUAGUAGUAUGAUUCUGCAAUGGGAAGCAAGGUGGAAAUCUCGGUACGAAGCUUGAUUUCUAAUUUUUAAUUAGGAUGGAGGGAGUAAAUCCUCAAGAUUGAGAACUGAGAUUGCAGCAACCAACUUGCAUCAACUGAUUCCUUUUUUGAGAUGGGUGAAUACAGGAGGACAGAACAGAACAGAACAGAACAGAGCAGAACCAGGUGGGUUGGGGGCCUGGGGAGACGUGUGCAGACGAUGGGUCGGUGGAUCACAUGGCUGACAUCUGAAAUCUGAACCCUGAAGAAUGGAUCGAUUGGAUGGUUAUCUUUUUUCUAUUUCCGUUUUCCUUUAAACAAAAAGUUUUUGGUCUCCAGGUGCUGGGCUCUUGGCAUGAG